ACUCAUAUUUCUUGAAAAAUAACCUAACCUAACUUACAUCAACAAGCCGUCAUUCUCUCAAUCUCUCUCUCUCCUCUUCGUUCCACUCCUUCUCAGUUCUCGGCCCCUCCUCUCCUUCUCAGUUCUCAGCCCCUCCUCUCCUUUAUGCUUAUAUGACCGCCAUGAAAACCGCCGCAACGCCGUCAAUUAAGCGUCGUUGAUGUGCGUGAAGUGAUGUGCGUGAAGUGAGAGGUAGAAACUAGAGAGAAGGCGCAGGUCUUGAUUGAAGAAGUUCAUAUGACCUAACUAAUUCUUCUGUGCUAAUUCUUGCACUCAGUAUCUCUAUUAUCUACUCUCUCCUCUUCGGAUUACAACUUGCUGCACUUCAAACGAUUGCUCUUCAAGAAGCUUCGCUUGUUUCGUUUGCUUCAAUCGACCAUAGCAAUUCUCCUCCUUUUUUUUCGUUUAAAGAAUGUUUAAAUUGCUAUGUAUGAGUGUAAGAGUGUUUGUGUGUGUUGUUGUGUUCAUUUUUUUAUACUACUCUUUUACUUUAUUUUGAUUUUAUGUAUUUUGCAAGAAGUAAUCAAGAAGUAGUAAUAUCUAUAUUGAAUUUUCUGUAUUUUUUAACUUACGUUUUUUUAUUUUUUAUUUUUUGUUUUUUUCUCUGUAAAUUCUGUGCCUACAGAUGCUGGUACUAAUAUUAUGUAUUUUUGUUCAAGUUCUGCCAUUUUUUUCUCUAAAAUACUUGUUUAUCUUUUGUAUAAUAAUCUUCUAAAAGAGCAACAAUAUUUUUUGUUUGAUUUUUUUAGAGAGUAGAAAAGCCUAAAAUCAGGUUAUUAUAUGGGUUAAUGGGUUCGGGUCAAACUGAAAAAAUAACAACUCAUCAGUUCAGGUUAGCCCACCAAAAAGUACGUUAAAAAAAUCAGGUCAAGCAGGUCAGGUUAGGGUCGACCCGAUUAGUUGCAGAUCAGGUUAGGGUUCUUGUUUUUGACCCGAUUAUAUAAACAGGUCGGGUUCAGGUCAGGUGUUAGUCAACCCGAUUAUAGGUGACCCGAACACGAACCUGACCCAACCCGACCUGAUUGCCAGGCCUAACUCCACUCACUACCUCCUUACUUUCUCUUUCAUUUUCCUUUCAUUUCAUCAUUUUUCUUACAUCGAACCAAACAACGGAAAACUAAUUUUGGAAUUGUGUUUUCCAUUGUAAAUUGUUUUCCAUGAAAAUUAUUUUACACUGAAAAUGUUUUACACCUUACCAACGGAGCCUAAGAAUUUCCAUCAUUUAAAUACUAGAAAUUUUGUUUGGCUUUCCCUCCACAACUGUUUAACGAGAUGCUCAAAGUUCGGUGCUACUACAACAAUGGCGUCAAAACCCUUAACUUCGUCUCCAAUCUUCAACAGCUUCUACUCUACACAACGCCAUCAUCAAUCUCAGAAAAACCAAACCCCCCUUUCGCAAAUUACUUGGUCGAAAAUCUAGGGUUUUCCAAGCAAAAUGCGCGCUCAACUUCAACCAAACUCGAUCGACUCCGUCAAAUUAGAAACACAAAGAAGGUGAGUUCCUAUAAAUUCACCAAAAAGGCUGAUUCUGUUGUUGAAUUUCUUAAACAAAAUGAAUUAAACGAUUCCCAGAUUCGAAUUGUUGUGUCUUCUUUACCCCUUGUUUUGUUCUCUAAAGUUGACAAAACCCUAAAACCUAAACUUGAGCUUUUUCUGAAAUUCGGAUUUUCGAAAUCCGAUUUCGCUGAGGUUGUCUCUGUUAAUCCAUUUGCAUUGCUAAGUUGUCAAUUUGUUCGUGCGAUUGAAGUUUUGAAGGAUGUUUUGAGUUAUGAUGAUGAUGUAAUUUCGAUUAUGACGAAAUCAAAUUGGACAACAGUUAGCAGUAUAUGUAACAAUUUGAAGCCUAAUGUUGCUUUAUUGUUGGAGUAUGGAAUCCCCAUUGAAUCAAUUCGUAAACGGUUUGUUCAACGCCCGUCGCAGUUUUUGAGGAAGACUCAAUAUUUUAAGGAUGUGUUGAUUAGGGUUGAAGAAAAAUUGGGUAUUCCUCGUGAUUCGUUGAUGUUCUUGCAUGGUCUUUCUUUGCUAGCUAGUUUUACUGAGGAGCUUAUUGAGUCGAAAUUUGGAGUGUUUGAGAGCUUUGGGUGGAUGAGAUCGGAUGUUGUAGCUCUUAUUAGGCGAAAUCCGUAUUGUUUGGCGUUGUCUGAAGCUAGGGUUAGGAGGUCAUUGGAGUUUUUGAUGAACGAAUUGGGGUAUGAGCGUGAUUACUUGGUAUCUCAUUGUGCCUUGCUAAAUUAUAGUUUAGAGAAGAGAAUAAUGCCAAGAAAUAAAAUCUUGUUGGCUUUGAAAGAGAAAGGUUUAAUCAAGAUGGAUUACUCACUAUAUUCUUCUUUAUUGUUGAAUGAGACACAAUUUUUGAAAAGGUUUGUGUUACCUUUUGAGGAAAUCCAUGAAAUCUAUGCUAAACACACAGGUCGGUCUGCUGUGAGACCUUUAACCGAAGGUACAGUGGGAGACGAAGCCUAAGGAUGAAGCUGUUGGUUUAUAGAGCAUAAUGCAAAAUGUAAUCAAUUGCAUUUUGCAAGUUGGACCAUCUUGCUUCUUACUAUCUGCAUAUACAAGAACAGCGACAAAGCCUUAAUCCCAAUAGGAUGAGGUCGGUUGCAUAAGUCAAGAUCUUAUCCGCUAUGGUCAUAGGAGAUAGAAUUUCACUCGUUUUUUUAGUGAUUCUUUGUAGUGAUGGAAAUGAAAGAAAUACUUUAGUAGUUUAGUGUUUUUGGCUUUGUCCAUGAUUCUUCUCAUCAAAGUAUCUUGUUGUCAAAUGCUGGUUUUGCUGUAAUAGAUGCUUGCCUGUUUCUUGAAAGUUGCUGUAAUAGUUGCUAUUUGUAGUUUGAUAUUGUAAUUCUGAUGUCAUCUUUUGUGCCUUUCUUUUGUUAUCCACUUGUGAAAUUUUCCUCAAGUUAAUUCUAAUGGCAGUCUUCGUAUGGUUUCUUUUAUUAUCCACUUAUGAACAUUCCCAUUUCACUAUCUCUGCUUCGGGGCGAAGGGGGGUGAUUACUUGGAAAGUCUUGACGACAUCAGCUUAAACCUGUCGUUGGCUAACAAGCCUGGAGCUUUUUAAUAUUUCAGCUUUAGAUGACAAUGUAUGAAAUAGCUCACUGAAAUUUGACUAAUAAUUAGGACUUCUUUUCUCUGGAGGGAAGGGUUGGCCAAUGAGUUCCCUGAAAAAAUUAGCCAAUGAAUUCCCUGAAAUUUUCACUAAUACUUGGGACUUCUUUUCUUUAGAUGCAUGCUGUUUCCCUGUAUUAGUGCAUAGUUGAAAAAUGGGUUGCUGAAGAAACUUACUCUAUCGUACAUGAUGUAAUUCUUUCUUUUUUGCUAUUGUACAUUCUGUUUCUGUUGCCUCAUCAGCAUUUCUUUUACGAUUAAUAUGGUAUUUGCAAAGCCAUCCCCAUUACUGUUGAGGGGAACCGUCAGAAGACUUGUUCAAUGUAUUUCAAUUUGCUCGGAAAAAUUAUGGCUGCAAUUUGGAGAUUUUUGCCUGAAGAUGUUGGUUAAUAUGAUCUCUGCGCUGCCUCUACCUCUUGUUGCGCUCUUUCUGCCGUCUAAAUUCUCUUAAAAAGUGUGUGCUUUCUUCCUAGUCUUUCACUAAUAAAGGGUCUUCCAUAUAUAUUUGAAGUAAAAAAUGUCACUGAGAAAAGCUAGCUUGCAGCCAAUUAAUUUUAUAUAGUCAAAAGCCUUGCAGAAAAUUAUUGGGGAGAUUUGAAUUCUACUGUCAACCUAUGUAGCAGAGAAAUGACGAAAUUUCAGGUAUCAGCGAUCUUUAGGCUACUUGCACAGGCCGAAUUUCAGGAACGGAAACGGCUCAGUUCUCAGCCAUUUCAUGAUACGUAGUUGUAAAUUCCUCUUGUCAGUAAUCCCGUCUGGGACCUGUUUCUUACAUCUUCUCUUAUCUGUGGCCUUGUUUCCACCAAAGCUAGGUGUUCUACUGAGUGUUGCUGGAUUUGCAGUUUUAGUAUCUUAUCCUGUGUGCAGAUUUAGCAAUCGUGUUUUCAAGCCCAGGGUUUAAUUUUGUUGCAAUGGAUGUCAAGUCACAACUCAGCAGUUUUUUUAGCUUUAGUUCAAGUGCUGGUGCUGAUGGAGUAUAAGAAAGCAAGCUGGAUUUGAUGACUUUGUUACAUGGUGUCAAAAUAAAGCCGCAUCGUAUCGUAGCGGCUGUGUCGUAAAGGAUUUCAAAUCUACCAAACCCAUACUACCCGCGUCGGAAAGGUGUGAAAAAAAACCCGUGUUCUAGGCGGGCUCAAGAGAUAUCUCAUGGUUUGCACUGAUAUUUAGCGCAGGGCCAUUUCGUACAAUUCGAGACCCUGUGCUAAAUGAGAUCACAAGGAUUGAUAUUUUUUGGUGAAUAGGAAGAGGUGGAAGAGUCAUUAAUGGGUUUUCCUUGGAGAAUAGGAAGGGACAAAGUAUAACACCAUAUAGAAAUUAACCUCUUUGAUCUGCAUCAACAUUACACUCUAUGCUUCACAGUUCACAUUACCCGCAUCACCAUGACCAUUACCUCGAUUGUGACUGAAGCCGCAUUAUUGUCUGAGCAACUGCUGUUCUUGUUUGAAUUUCUAUUGGUGCUUAAUGAUACUUGGGACUUGCAUUGGCAACGUAUUCUGGCGAAGCUGCUAAGUGCUUGUAUGCAGGUCUUUGCGAAGCUCUUAAAUUUCUUGUACAAGGUUGGACGAGCACCAUUAAGCACAAAAGCAAGUACUGGUUAAUUUUUGGACUUCUUAGAUAUGAAUUUGAAGCUGAUGAAAAUGGCGAUUAUGUAAUGGGAAAGGCGAAGAAGCAGUAAUAUAAGUGGAGGCCACUAGGCCAGCUUAUUCGAAAAACACCGGCUACUGGCCGGAAAGUAACAUAAGAGUGGCAACUGGCAAGGACUAGAUCAGUAAUUGAACCCCUAUGGCUAUGAGUUCGUCAUGUUCCCUUACCAGCAAAUGCUAGUAAAUGAAGAAACACAUGUUUUGGAAUCAUAUUUUCUCAUUUCUAAACAUGGCAAGCCUACGACUGUUGAAGAGCUUGCCAUUAUACUGUCUCUGCACCUAAACAAGGCUCCUUUCCUCAAUCGUUUAAUGUGCCUUCGCACUAAUUAAUUUAGUUUAUUUAUACUAUUUAUUUAUGUUGGUUUUAUCACUUAAUUACUUAAACGCAUUUCUUGUAGUAGUAACAUGUUCAAAAGACGUUUCCGUCAUCGUCCUAUAAUACUAUUAUUAUUUCUUUC